AUGUGUCGCUUCUACGCUCAUACAUAUCAAUGUGGACACACCAAGACAGUCUUUUCCAGCCAUUGUUCGAGAGCUGCUUUGAUACAACAAGCCUGUCGCAAUGGAGAUAUCUGCGCCAACGUCCAGGUCGACGAGAAAUGCUCUUCUUGCUACAAGCCUCUCAAGAUUCUCGUCCAGACAAGACUCAUCAACACCGAUUCCAAGUCUCACAGCUGA